AUCAAACACAUAAACGAGGACAUAAUAAUAAUGAGUUUGAAUGAUUAUAUAAUUAAAAUAUUGACAUUGAACUAGUAAUUGAUGGGUCAACAAGUACAGUAGUUGUUCGCUUCCUUUGAAAUCAGUUUUGUGCCCGCUGCAGUCCACUGUGUUGAGUUAAAGUGCAUCCAAUCGAGGUAAAUAAAAAUAUUCCAGCCAUUUAUAACGACGCCAGUUUUAAGCUGAAUCGAUAUGUCGUCAUUGGAGGAUACCAGGAACCACAUUGAGGAAAUCCUGCAGCAAGUGGCAGCGUCGAAAAAAAUUAUCGAUUAUGAGAUGAAUCUGAAUAUGAACGUUGAGGUAGGCGAUGGAUUUGUGUCGCAGUUCUACAAGGCCCAAAUAGUGGACAAAACCGGUGGAGCAGUGCUCGAUGUGGCCAUUAAAAAGGCCCCUCUUUGGGCGUUUGAUUUCAGCAGCAUAUUCCUGAACGAAAUUAAUUUUUAUACCCAACUGCUGCCCGCCUUAAAUCAGCUAAACACUGGCUUUGACAACACUCCUCAAUGUUUGCUGGCUGAAUACAAUGGGGAAAAAACCUUUAUUGCUAUGGAGGACUUGAAGCCCCAGGGCUAUCAAUUGUACGACAAAAAGAAGUACUUCGAUGCAGAGCACUUUGAGCUGAUUUUCCGCACCUAUGGAAAGUUCCAUGCCUCCUCAUUCGCACUCAGAAAACGCCAGUUCGAGGACUACCAAAAAAUCCAAGCUAAGUUCAAAGAUGUUUUCGGCAUUUUCAUGGAAGUGGAGUAUAGUGUCCAAAUGUUCAAAUCAGCUCUAAGUGCAGCAGUUGACGGUCUGGAUCCGGAGUCACCCACUUACACCCUAGUGAAAGACAUCCCGGAAAACUGCAAGCAAAUCGUGCUAAAAUCCUUCGAAUACUCUGGAAAGCACCGCUGUUCCACACACGGAGACUGCUGGUCCAACAACAUGCUGUUUAAGUACUCACCGUCUGACCAGCUCCAAGACGUGAAACUCAUCGACUUCCAACUGAGCAGAGAUGGCACUCCAGUGCAUGAUCUCUCCUACUUCUUCUACUCGUCCGCUUCCAGAGCGGACCUGGCUCGGCUGGAGGAUUAUCUGAAAAUCUACCACCAAAGUCUGACGGAGACCCUGGAAGGUCUGGAUGAAAAAGUUGAAGACUUCCUCAGUUGGGACGAAUUGCUGCAGGAGUGGAAGGAGCAUGCAGCCAUGGGCAUUUUCUUGGGGAUCUACUUGUGGCAGAUUAAGCUGCUGGACAAGGGGGAAUACGUGGAUCAGUUGAAAAGCUUAAAUAAUGAGGAAUCGAAAGAAGACAAAAUAGGGAUGAACGAUGCAACAAAGAUGUUUAUAACGUUGUUGUCACAAACAAUAUCAAGCGACGCUUACAAGGAAAGGAGCAGGAACCUGCUGGAACAUGCUCAGCAGUAUGGAGUGCUGACCAAAGAGAAAAUAGAGCAGCUGCUCAGCAGCGAGUAGUCAAAGUUUCACAAACUAACUUUUUAAAUUUAUAUGAUUUAUAUGUUUAGAAUAAACCCAUAUAUAGAUUUAUCGGCCACUGGCAUGGAAUACAACCAAACAAAUUUUUGCAUUGUCACUUAAUUAUAUAGAAUUUCUUCGUGUC